AUGUCCAACUUGAGGCAGACCCCGCUCACUUGUUCUGGUCACACUCGGCCAGUGGUUUUUCUGGCCUUUAGUGAUAUCACACAGUAUGGAUAUUACCUCAUAAGCGCCUGCAAAGAUGGGAAACCCAUGUUGCGUCAAGGUGAGACUGGAGACUGGAUUGGUACAUUUGAAGGCCAUAAAGGAGCAGUGUGGGGAGCAGCCUUAAACAGUGAAGCUACUCGUGCUGCUACAGGAGCAGCAGAUUUUACUGCGAAAAUCUGGGAUGCAGUUAGUGGAGAUGAACUUCAUACAUUUUCUCAUAAACACAUUGUCAAGUCAGUAGACUUUUCUCGUGAUAGCAAAUUUCUGCUCACGGCCAGCCAAGAAAAGAAACUCAAAAUUUUCGACUUAGAGAAACACGAUGCAGAACCCAAAGUUAUAGGGGGUCACAAAGAUUCAAUGAAAGGUGCAAUCUUUAGUAAAGAUGGAAGUCAAAUAUUUAGUGCCGCUGAUGAUAAAACAGUUCGUGUUUGGGAUGUGAAUAAUGAGUGUGAAAUCAAACUGCUUGAGUUCUCAAAUAUCCCAAACAGCUUGGAACUGUCAAGAGAUGGUACUGUUUUGGUUGUUACUAGUGGAUGUGUCACAAGUUUCUGGAACACAGAAACAUUUGAAAAAAUCAAGGAAUUUGAGGCUCCAACUGCAUUGAACUCAGCUUCUCUUCACCAUCAGAAAAAUGUAUUUGUAUGUGGAGGUGAAGACUUUAAAAUGUACAAAUAUGAUUAUGAAACUGGGACCGAAAUUGAAUCUUCUAAGGGUCAUUUUGGCCCUGUUCAUUGUGUCCGUUUUUCACCAGAUGGUGAACUUUAUGCCAGUGGAAGCGAAGAUGGAACCCUUCGCCUGUGGCAGACAACAGUUGGGAAAACGUAUGGUCUGUGGAAGUGUGUCAUGCCAGAUGAGGCUAGUACACCCACUGGAGAGACUGUGCCCCAGCCCCCAGGGCAACAAGCUGUAAAAGCUGAAGCUUAA